AGUGGAUUUCCGAUCUCUCCACAUCACCCACCAAACAGCACUUUCCUCCGAAUAAAGCUCCCAACCACCGCGGCAGCACGUAACGGCGGCAGAAGCAGAGCCUACCAAUGGCGGCAAUGGCUCUCCGGAAGAUCUCUUUUCUUCGUGUGCGCUCGGUUUCCUCUACUCGCGUGUUCACGUGUUCUCUCUCGAAUCAAGCGGUUAGCCUUAAGGAUGCUUGCAGAGUCACUUGGCCGAAGCAAUUGAACGCGCCUCUGGAAGAGGUAGAUCCGGAGAUUGCCGAUAUAAUAGAGCUUGAGAAAGCACGACAAUGGAAGGGGCUAGAACUGAUACCAUCAGAAAAUUUCACUUCAUCGUCGGUGAUGCAAGCCGUUGGAUCGGUUAUGAUUAAUAAAUACAGUGAAGGAUAUCCUGGUGCUAGAUACUAUGGUGGAAAUGAGUAUAUUGACAUGGCUGAGAGAUUAUGUCAGAAGCGUGCCUUAGAAGCAUUUCAACUAGAUCCUGCAAAAUGGGGAGUAAACGUACAGUCACUGUCUGGGUCUCCUGCCAAUUUUCAAGUUUAUACUGCUCUGCUUAAACCUCAUGAAAGGAUCAUGGCACUUGAUCUUCCUCAUGGUGGCCAUCUAUCACAUGGUUAUCAGACUGAUACAAAAAAGAUUAGUGCUGUGUCUAUAUUUUUUGAGACAAUGCCGUACAGACUGGAUGAGAGCACUGGGUAUAUUGACUAUGAUCAGCUGGAAAAGAGUGCAACACUUUUCAGACCGAAAUUGAUUGUUGCAGGUGCAAGCGCUUAUGCUCGUCUAUAUGAUUAUGCUCGGAUUCGCAAGGUCUGCGACAAGCAAAAAUCUAUCAUGUUGGCAGACAUGGCACACAUUAGUGGGUUGGUUGCAGCUGGCGUCAUUCCCUCACCAUUUGAGUACGCAGAUGUGGUUACAACAACCACUCACAAAUCACUACGUGGGCCACGUGGAGCAAUGAUCUUCUUCAGGAAGGGAGUAAAAGAGAUCAAUAAACAAGGCCAAGAAGUUAUGUAUGACUAUGAAGACAAGAUUAAUCAAUCUGUGUUUCCCGGCCUUCAAGGUGGACCACACAAUCACACGAUAACUGCCUUGGCAGUUGCAUUGAAACAGGCUAUGUCGCCAGAAUACAAAGCAUACCAAGAGCAAGUCCUCCGUAAUUGCUCGCAGUUUGCAGAUACUUUGUUAGAGAAAGGCUAUGACCUUGUAUCUGGUGGGACGGACAACCAUCUUGUCUUGGUGAACCUAAGAAACAAGGGCAUCGAUGGCUCCAGAGUUGAAAAGGUUCUGGAGGCUGUUCAUAUAGCUGCAAAUAAAAACACGGUCCCGGGAGACGUGUCUGCCAUGGUGCCUGGAGGCAUUCGUAUGGGUACACCUGCUCUUACAUCAAGAGGGUUUCUUGAAGAAGAUUUCAUGAAAGUUGCAGCAUUUUUCGAUGAAGCUGUAAAGUUGGCACUUAAAAUAAAAGCCGACGCAAAUGGAACAAAAUUGAAGGACUUUGUAGCAGCCAUGAAGUCGGACACUCAUCAAUCCGCACUGUCGAAGCUGCGAGUUGAGGUUGAGGAAUUUGCGAAACAAUUCCCAACAAUCGGGUUCGAAAAAAGCACAAUGAAAUACAAAGACUGAUAAAAACCACGCCAGGUAUUUUUUAUUUUGCCCACUAAAUUUUGCAUGUUCAAUUUAAAAAAUAAAAAUAAAAAAUUCCUAUGAUCUGAAUAUGGAUGAAAAAAAUAGUUUUCUUGUACUCUCAGUUAUGAAUGUGCUUUUGUUCUUGUUAGCAACUGCAGAAUCCUUUGCCCAUAAACUGUUCUUCAAAUUCAACACAUGAUAUGUUCCAACACAUGAUAUGUUCCGAUUGUCGAAUAGUUGUAGUCUUGUA